AUGUUUUUUAUUUCUUAUUUGUGUUAUCUAUAUUAUCUUUCUGUUCACUCCAUUUUAUAUUCUUAUUCUUAUUCUCUUUUAAUCCCUUUUUCUAUUCCUUUCUUAUUAUACAUUUUGUUACUACUUUAUCAUUUAUUUAUAUGUUCUUUAAUAUCUAUAUAUUACAAAAAACAAAGAAUGGACAUUGUUAAAGAACAACAGAAAAUAGAAGAAAGAAUAAGACAAGAAGAAAUUGAUAGACAAAUAAAAGUGCUAGAAAACGAACACCCUGAAUUAUUGGUUAAAGGAGAUUUGGUGUUUGUUAAAGUUAAAAUUAAUGGAGUAGUAAAAGAAGCAAUGAUAGAUUGUGGAGCACAAGAAACAGUAAUAUCAAUUAAAGCAUGUAAAGAUUAUUAUAGAGUAAAAAAAAUGUACCAAGGUGUAGGAAGAACACAAACAAUAGGAGUUAUUCAUCUUGUUCCAAUAAUUAUUGGAAAUACUUAUUGUAUUACAACAUUAAAUGUACUUGGAGAUGAUUCCCCUCUUGACCAUUUAUUAAUAGGGACAAAUACACUUAAAUCAAUUGGUGCAGUUAUAGACUUUUCUGAAAGUGUGUUAAGAAUUAAAGAUGAUAAGAUUAAAUUUAUGAGUAACACUGACGUUGACUAUAUUCUUCAGAAACCUUUUCACAUUAGACAAAUUCAUGGUGAUUCAUCAUUUAAGAAAACUAAUCCCAUCUUUAAACCCACAUUACCUAAUUUUGAAAAUGCAUGUCUUCCUCGAUACCCAAUUCCUCUUAUUGAACAAGUUAUGGUUGGUGGAAAAAGUGAAGAAGAAGCAAGUGAAAUAUUAGACAAGUCAGGAGGUGAUAUUACAUUUAAUCAAAUAAAACUUUAUUAA